UAGUGAUAAUGAAGAUAAUAGUAUUGAUGGUGAUGUUAAUAAAACAAAAGGAUAUAAAUCAUUAGAUAAUUUAGAAGAAUUUAAUCAUAUAAAAUACUCUAAAUAUAUUACUGACUCAAAUGGACAAACUUUAAUUCAUUUGGAAGAACUUAAUAAUGAUAAUAUUAUUAAACAAGCAACAAAAGCAAUUAAUCAUUAUUAUUUUCAUACUUUAGAAAAUCCUACACAUAGAAGUAAAUCAUUUUGGCAUAAUUUUAUUGAACAUUUUGGAGCCUUUAGAAGAUAUCAAAAUCUUCCUUAUAUUAGUUCUGAUAUGACUAGUUCACAUAAUUUUGAUCAUUUAGAAUGUGUAAACAAUUUGAUUCUCACUCUUGAACUAUUAACAAAUUGUGUUAAUCAAUUUGUUAACGAUAAUUACAAAAAUCUAUAUAUAAAAUUAAACAAUUUAGUUUUAGGUCCAUUUGUACCAAAAACUUUUGGAAUUUUUCCUAUAAUGUCUAAUAAUUAUUAUAAUAUUAAACAAAAUGAAGAAGAAAAAUUUCUUUUAAAUAUUAAUAAUGCUGAAG